GCAGCCGGUAUCAGGCGGGAUUUCCGCAAAAUCCAGUAAUAUGGCGAAGACCUACGACUACCUGUUUAAAUUGCUAUUAAUCGGGGACUCUGGAGUCGGGAAGACGUGUGUGUUGUUCAGGUUUUCAGAAGAUGCCUUUAAUUCAACAUUUAUCUCCACGAUAGGCAUUGACUUUAAGAUUAGAACCAUAGAACUCGAUGGAAAGAAGAUUAAGCUCCAGAUAUGGGACACGGCGGGCCAGGAGCGGUUCAGAACGAUCACAACAGCCUAUUACAGGGGAGCCAUGGGCAUCAUGCUGGUUUAUGACAUCACCAAUGAGAAGUCAUUCGACAACAUAAAGAACUGGAUACGGAACAUAGAGGAGCAUGCUUCUGCUGAUGUGGAGAAGAUGAUUCUGGGGAACAAGUGUGACGUCAACGACAAGCGGCAGGUUUCCAAAGACCAGGGGGAGAAGCUGGCGUUGGAGUACGGAAUCAAGUUCAUGGAGACGAGUGCCAAGGCCAACAUCAACGUUGAAAAUGCCUUUCUCAUGCUCGCCAGGGACAUCAAAGCAAAAAUGGACAAGAAGCUGGAGGGCAGCAGCCCCCAGGGGAGCAGCCAGGGGGUGAAGAUCAUGGAGCAGCCCAAAAAGAGCAGCUUCUUCCGCUGUGUCCUCCUAUGAGGACCGAAGCCUUACUGUCGGCCCCGCCCUGUGGAGCCGCCCCUAGGCUGGACCCAACUGGACUGUGCUUGCUCAGAGCGUUCUCCCUCUCUCUCUCUCUCUCUCUCUCUCUCUCUCUCUCUCUCUCUCUCUCUCUCUCUCCCUCUCUCCCUCUCUCUCUUCCUCUCUCCCCCUCUGUCUCUCUCCCUCUCUCUCUCUCUCUCUCUCCCUCUCUUUCUCUCUCUCCCUCCCUCUCUUCCUCUCUAUGCUCGGUCAGGACUGUCCCGCUGUACUCCCAGAAUGCUUUCCUGUGAAUUCCUGCAGUUGCCCCUGGGUUGCUCUGCUCCACGCACAUUUUUAUUUCCACUUUUUUUUUUAUACACCUGAGCUUUUCCCAAAAUGCACUGCAAUAAAAUGUUUACUCAGAGAACAUGCAAGCUUUGACUCUGAGAAACAUCAGGGAAAGUCAGAAUGGAGGACGAUGUUUGAGUGAAUUCAGCAGGGGAUGAGGUGACAGCCAGCCUUCGGUCGGGUAGGUUGCCCCCCCUCCCCUCCCCCCCCCCCCCCCAGGUCAGGUGCAAACUCAUCUGAGUGAACAGUGCCUCACACUGUUGAGUGUCAGUUAGAAAGUCAGUACAUUUGUCAUGCAUCAGAGUUUUGUGUCCUUGUAAACUUGCCCUGGCCUCCUGUUUGUUGUGGCCCCUGUGUGUCAUUGGCCCCUGACACACACCUGUCUGACUCCUGUACCUUUAAAAAUAUUUUUAAAUCUUUUUUUAAGUUUGUCCCUGAUGUCUGUUAAUAGGAUUUUCAGGUUUGGGAACACUGAUUACUUGAACGCUCCCUUUAAACUUAAUUUUCAAACUUUAUUCAAAUCUGUUUUUUAUAAUUAUUAUUUUUAAAUUACAUUCCUUGACAAUCAGCCUCAGUUUAUCCCUGCAGCAGUGUUUGAUGGUACCCUGCAGCAGUGUUUGAUGGUACCCUGCAGCAGUGCUUGAUGGUACCCCUGCAGCAGUGCUUAUUGGUACCCUGCAGCAGUGCUUGAUGGUACCCCUGCAGCAGUGCUUAGCAUCACCUGCAUCUUGCCAGCAGAGCCACUCCUCAGCUGCAGCUUUGCUGGUGUCCAGCUGUUACAUGAUCUUCCAGCAUUGUGUGGCUUCAUGUUAUUUUUUGUACACACCGGUAUUUGUAUUCCUGAACCUGAGUGUCAAACGCACAAAGUGAGGCUGUACAUUCCAGCCUCUGGAACUACGUUUGAUUCCGGAGCGUCCUGUGAUUCUGGAGCGUUGUGUGUUUCUGGAGCGUUCUGUGAUUCUGGAGCAUCCUCUGAUUUUUGGAGUGUUGUGUGAUUCUGGAGCGUUGUAUGAUUCCGAAGCAUCCUCUGAUUCCGGAGUGUCGUGUGAUUCCGGAGUGUUGUAUGAUUCUGGAGCGCUGUGUGAUUCCGGAGCGUUCUGUGAUUCCGGAGCGCUGUGUGAUUCCGGAAUGUCCUGUGAUUCCGGAGCGCUGUGUGAUUCUGGAAUGUCCUGUGAUUCCGGAGCGCUGUGUGAUUCUGGAAUGUCCUGUGAUUCCGGAGCGCUGUGUGAUUCCGGAAUGUCCUGUGAUUCCGGAGCGCUGUGUGAUUCCGGAGCGUUCUGACUGAGCCUCGGGUCGGUGCAGCUGUUGUUCUGUGAGGCUGUGGUGAGACCUGCGUACAAGCAGAGCUCUGGCAUGUUGCACAUGUUUUAUUUAGCAGUGUUCAGUGGGCACGUCCCUCUGUGUGUCCAUACAGCUGUGCAUACAAUAUAAAACCUGUGUGAUCUGGUCAUACCCAUAGAGACCCAGUCUGUGCUGUGUGAUCUGCUCAUGCCCAUAGAGACCCAGUCUGUGCUGUGUGAUCUGCUCAUGCCCAUAGAGACCCAGUCUGUGCUGUGUGAUCUGCUCAUGCCCAUAGAGACCCAGUCUGUGCUGUGUGAUCUGCUCAUGCCCUUAGAGACCCAGUCUGUGCUGUGUGAUCUGCUCAUGCCCAGUCUGUGCUGUGUGAUCUGCUCAUGCCCAUAGAGACCCAGUCUGUGCUGUGUGAUCUGCUCAUGCCCUUAGAGACCCAGUCUGUGCUGUGUGAUCUGCUCAUGCCCAUAGAGACCCAGUCUGUGCUGUGUGAUCUGCCCAUGCCCUUAGAGACCCAGUCUGUGCUGUGUGAUCUGCUCAUGCCCUUAGAGACCCAGUCUGUGCUGUGUGAUCUGCUCAUACCCAGUCUGUGCUGUGUGAUCUGCUCAUACCUAUAGAGAUCUGGUCAUGUUUGCCUGCUUCUUUAUGGUUUGUACAUGGUCACAGUGAAGAUCUGUCUGACCUCUAGCGCUUAGGAACUAUGCAUCACAAUACAGUCAGAGACCUCUACUUAGUGUGUAUAUGUGCACAUGCAGAAGUCAUAUUUUUAGAUUUAGAAUGUUUGCUCUGUAAUUGUAGGAGUGUGUGGUGUGUAAUUGUAGGGGUGUAGUCUGUAAUUGCAGGCACGUGGUCUGUAAUUGUAGGGGUGUGUGUGGUCUGUAAUUGCAGGCACAUGUGGUCUGUAAUUGUAGGGGUGUGUGUGGUCUGUAAUUGCAGGGGUGUGUGGUCUGUAGUAAUAUGGGUGUGUGGUCUAAUUGCAGGAGUGUGUGGUCUAUAGUAAUAUGGGUGUGUGGUCUGUAAUUGCAGGGAUGUGUGGUCUGUAAUCAUAAGGGUGUGUGGUCUGUAAUUGCAGGGGUGUGUAGUCUGUAAUCAUAAGGGUGUGUAGUCUGUAAUCAUAAGGGUGUGUGGUCUGUAAUUGCAAGGGUGUGUGGUCUGUAAUCAUAAGGGUGUGUGGUCUAAUUGCAGGGGUGUGUAGUCUGUAAUCAUAAGGGUGUGUGGUCUGUAAUCAUAAGGGUGUGUGGUCUGUAAUUGCAGGGGUGUGUGGUCUGUAAUCAUAAGGGUGUGUGGUCUGUAAUUGCAGGGGUGUGUGGUCUGUAAUCAUAAGGGUGUGUGGUCUGUAAUUGCAGGUAAGAUGUUUAUUCUGUGCCUGUUAUCCGUGCUCUGACGACAGGUUCCCAUGGCUCCUUUUUUGCUAAGUCUAUGAGUGAAUUGGUGUAGCAGCCAUUGCAGAGUAUUAUGUGCAUGGAGGGCGUACAUACCAGUGUUCAGAGGCACAGAAGUGUUGUUAAAGUAUGAACAUUUUUCAUUUUCAUUUUCAUUUGAUUGAUGUGUGCCUGGUUUGCAGUACAGAUGGGUAAUCAGUUUGGGACAUACCGUCCCCAGUUUCUUUGCAAAGCCGAACAGUAACAGCAGCAUUCAUUCCGAUUCAUAACUGUUACUUUCACUUUCACAACUUACUUUCACAAAAAUGUGUAUAUCCCUACAAAAAAAACUUUAAAAACUUUACCAGCAUGUUAUGGUUUACUGCCAAGAAGGGGGUUUUAAGCAAACUUUAUAAGUUGUUGAACUACGAGACAUUGUCAGAAGAUUAGAUGAGACCUUUCACUGUAUAAAAGCUGAAGUCUGGGAUGGUGGCGUGUGGUUUCCGUGACGCCGGGGGUGCAGAAGUGUUUCGGCGGGCGCACGGCCGAGGGGGAGGGGCUUCUGGCGGGGAGAGAAUCGAGCAGACGCCCAUGGUUGUGUGUAGAAGGUCCACCUUCGCUGCAGGUGAGAAACCAGGUGAACCUUCUGGAAGGAGUGCUACUGCGGCGGGGCUGAGCGUUUCCAUAGCGACAGCUCACCUCUGCACAGGGGCUGAUGCGUUUCCAUAGCGACAGCUCACCUCUGCACAGGUGCUGAUGCGUUUCCAUAGCGACAGCUCACCUCUGCACAGGUGCUGAUGCGUUUCCAUAGCGACAGUGCUCCUCUGCACAGGUGCUGAUGCGUUUCCAUAGCGACAGCGCUCCUCUGCACAGGGGCUAAUGUGUCCUCUUAUUUUUGUGAACCACCUUUCCUUUUUAUUUGGGGGGAGGAGGGAGUAAAAUUGCAUAUCUUUUUGUUGCAUGCCUAAUCUGUGAAUUCAUUUAAUUAAUGCUGAGGAUGUUUUAUUUUAUUAUUAUUAUUCGCAGUUGUAAAUAACAUUAGCCGAAGGGAAACAAAAGAGAUUUACUUUGAUUGUACUGGACUUUCUAAGAAAAUGUACUGGAAAUAAAUGGAUCUACAGCAUUGCAGAUGAUGUGAUAUUUGGAGGAUUUAUUAAAAUAAGAUUCCUAAAAA